GUGGUGCUGGGUGCAGUGAUGCACUCCUGUAAUCCCCUUUACUUAGGAGGCUGAGGCAGGAAGACUGUAAGAUUGAGGUCAGCCUGGACAAGUUAGCAAGAUCCUGUCUCAAAAUCAAAGUUAAAAAGGGGUGCAUCUCAAAAUCCAAGUUAAAAAGGGGUGGGGGCUGGGGAGUGUAGGUCAAUGGUAGAGAACCCCUGGGUUCAAUCCUCAGCACCACCACCCAAAAAAUGGUAUGGAAUAAACAAAGAUUUUUACAAACCCUAACAUUUUUAUUAAGAAAUCAUUCAUAUAUACAAUAAAAAGUUGAAAGAAUUUCGUAAUAAAUAUUCAUAUACCUACCACUUAGAUUUUGCUUGGCAUAUGCUUGAUUAGGGAACUUAUACAUUUGACUUUAAGAAAUUGCCAGACCUUUCCCCAAAGUGAUUAUACCAUCUUAUAAUUCAUUCAAUAGUGUGUUUUUCUUGGGCUGGGGAUGUGGCUCAAGUGGUAGCGCACUGGCCUGGCAUGCGUGCGGCUCGUGUUUGAUCCUCAGCACCACAUACAAAAACAAAGAUGUCCGCCGAUAACUAAAAAAUAAAUAUUAAAAAUUCUCUCUGUCUCUCCCUUCCCUCUCUCACUCUCUCUUUAAAAAAAAAAUAGUGUGUUUUUUUUUAAGUAAAGCUUUACAUGUUCAAUAAUUGUAAUGUCAGAAUUGAAAAAGUUCUAGUAUUUAAAUCAAUUCAAAAUAUCAGUUAAUGUUUUACUAUAUUUGCUUUAUUGCAUAUUUAUCUAACCCUCCAUUUUUUAAGGAAACCACUAUUAUUAUUAUUAUUUUAUUUUAUUGAGAAAAAAGAAAAACAAGUUUUAUUGCUUUGCUAAGAAAGGAGAGACACAGGGCACUACUGUCCCAGAGUCUGUGUCGUGGGUCUUCUGGAGCCAUUCCUUAUUCCUGUGGUGGCUGUGUGCUCAAGGACAGAAAACCCUGCCUGGGAUGGGGAAGAAAGCUCCUAAAGAAAUAACAGAGUCCAAGGGACAAGAAGAGGAAUCUGAGAGCCUCGUUAAAUAUUUUAAUGUUGUUUGGUGUAAACCUUCAAAGAAAAAACACAAAAAGUGGGAAGGUGAUGCUAUUCUUAUUGUAAAAGGAAGGUCAUUUACAUUGAAAGAUUUGGAUGGCAAAGACAUUGGAAAAGGUAUUGGACAUAAAUUCAAAGAGCUUGAAACAAUCGAAGAGGGCCAAACACUGAUGAUUCCGGGAAAAGAAUUGGAAAUCGUGGGGAUAAUCCCUCCUGAUGACUUCAACAGUGGCAGGUGUUUUCAGCAUGGAGGAGGAAGUCCUGCUAUCCCAAGUUCUCAAACUGCCAGAAAGUGCUUUUCUAACCCUUUCAAGAGUGUGUGUAAACCAAGUUCAAAGGAAAAUAGACAGAAUGGUUCCCAAAAUUGCAAACCACGCUAUGAUCCAUAUGCACCAAAUUCCCUUGUUAUGCCACUACCAGACAAGAAUCACCAGUGGAUGUUCAAUAAGAACAAUUUCCCUCUUGUGGAGGUAGUUGUUGAUCCUCACCUUGUAUAUCAUCUUCGCCCACACCAGAAAGAAGGAAUCAUAUUCCUUUAUGAAGUUGUAAUGGGAAUGAGAAUGAAUGGCAGAUGCGGAGCUAUUCUUGCUGACGAAAUGGGUUUAGGGAAAACGUUGCAGUGUAUUUCGCUCAUCUGGACCCUGCAGUGUCAGGGACCCUAUGGAGGCAAGCCAGUAAUAAAGAAGACACUUAUUGUCACACCUGGAAGCUUGGUGAAUAACUGGAGAAAAGAAUUUCAAAAAUGGCUAGGAAGUGAAAGGAUCAAGGUAUUUACUGUUGAUCAGGACCACAAAGUUGAUGACUUUAUCAAAUCUACAUUUUAUACUGUUCUUAUCAUCAGUUAUGAAAUGUUACUUCGUUCCCUGGAUCAAAUUAAGAAUGUAAAAUUUGAUCUUCUAAUCUGUGAUGAGGGGCAUCGUUUGAAGAACAGUGCCAUUAAAACAACUACAGCCCUCAUUAGCCUCUCUUGUGAGAAAAGAAUAAUUUUAACUGGUACUCCAGUUCAGAAUGAUCUGCAAGAAUUUUUUGCAUUAAUUGAUUUUGUAAAUCCUGGAAUAUUAGGUACUUUGUCAUCUUAUAGGAAAAUAUAUGAAGAACCCAUCAUUAUGUCAAGAGAGCCUUCUGCUUCUGAGGAAGAAAAGAAGUUAGGAGAGAGACGAGCAGCAGAACUUACUUACCGUACUGGACUUUUUAUCCUUAGAAGAACCCAGGAAGUCAUAAAUAAAUAUCUUCCACCUAAAAUAGAGAAUGUUGUCUUUUGCCGACCAAGUGCACUACAGAUUGAACUGUAUCGAAAGCUGUUGAAUUCUCAGACUGUCAGGUUUUGUCUUCAAGGGUUGUUGGAAAAUAGUCCUCAUCUAAUAUGUAUAGGGGCUCUUAAAAAACUGUGCAAUCACCCCUGCCUUUUGUUCAACUCUAUAAAGGAAAAAGAAUGUAGCUCAACUUGUGAUGAAAAUGAAGAGAGGCGCCUAUGUGAAGGCUUACUAAGGGUGUUCCCUGCUGAUUAUAACCCUCUCCUGUUUACUGAAAAGGAGUCUGGAAAACUACAAGUGCUGUCAAAGCUCUUAGCAGUUAUCCGCCAACUUCGUCCCACUGAAAAGGUGGUAUUGGUAUCCAACUAUACACAGACCUUGAAUAUUUUACAAGAAGUAUGCAGACGUCACGGAUAUGCUUACACAAGACUUGAUGGACAAACACCAGUCUCUCAAAGGCAACAAAUUGUUGAUGACUUCAAUAGUAAAUACUCUUCUGAUUUUAUUUUUUUGUUAAGUUCAAAAGCUGGUGGUGUGGGACUUAAUCUUAUUGGAGGAUCUCACUUAAUUCUUUAUGACAUUGAUUGGAAUCCAGCCAUUGAUAUCCAGGCUAUGUCUAGAAUUUGGAGGGAUGGUCAGAAGCAUUCUGUACAUAUUUACAGACUUCUAACCACAGGUACAAUAGAAGAAAAGAUCUAUCAAAGGCAGAUCAGUAAGCAAAAUCUUUCGGGGGCAGUUGUAGACUUAACUAAGACAUCUGAACAUAUACAGUUUUCAGUAGAGGAACUUAAAAAUUUGUUCACAUUACAUGAAAGUUCACUUUGUGUCACUCAUGACCUGCUUGGCUGUAUAUGUACAAGUGGAGAAGAUCAGACAGGUCACAGAGCAAUGCCAGAUGAUUCUUCGGAAAAGAUUGCUAUCUCUAGACAUUGUCAACUUGGUCCACAUCACCAGAAACCAAACUCCCUGAAACCUCUUUCCAUGUCACAGCUAAAGCGGUGGAAACAUUUUUCUGCAGAUGAUAUAAAUCUUACAGAUCCUUUUCUUAAAGGAAUAAGAGAAAAUGUCUCAUUCUUUUUUCAGAACAUAACAGUCACACUACAGCCAUGCAGUGAUAAGACUACUUAAUGAUGUUCCCUUGCUCCCUUUGUAAAAUUUAACAUAGUAAUUAAAUGUAAUUUUUGAAAAUUAAUAGAAUUACUUAAAUCAUAAUAUUUGUUGCAAAAUGUAUGUUCUUAUACAAUAAUAAAAAUUGAGUUAAUUA